GCGCGCAGGGCCCGCUCCGCGCCGCGCCGCUCGGAGGCGGAGGAAAUGAAGGCGAGUUCCGCCGAGGCGGGAGCCAUUACCCGCCGCCGCCGCCGGAGCUGAGCCCCCUCCGGGCCCGGCCCCGCCGCCGCCGCCCCCCCGCUCCCCCCCUUCCCCCCUUCGCACGCCCGGCCCGGCACAGGUGCUCUCGAGCCGGGGCGAGGGGAUGAGGUGCCCCCCUGCCGCGCCGUGUGCCGAAGCGGCUCUUUAGAUCCUCCCCGGCCCAAGCCUCCCCUGCCAUGGAUGCCUCGGGGGCUGUUGCUUCGGCUCCCUCCUCCGCGGCUCCCUCGGGCUCCCGCAGCCCCAUGUUCCCCCCAGGAGCCGACAGAGAGGAGUGGGGACCGAGGUUCAAUUGUGCCCCUUCCACCUCUGCCGCAGCCUCGCAGGCGAUGCCAGCGUCUGGCCGGAAGAGGAAGGCCAACUUCUCCAAUGACGAGACUGAGACGCUGGUCUGGAAUGUGGUCCGGCAUUUCAGCGCCCUGUACGGGUCCGAGGCCCUGCGGGCUCACCCCGUGCGGCGGAAGCAGCUCUGGACCCAAAUCCAAAGCCGCGUCAACUUCCUGGGCUACACCGAGCGCUCCAUCGACGACCUCAAGCACAAGUGGCGCGACCUGCGGCUGGACGUCAAGAAGAAGAUCACCUCCAAGAAGCACCUGCCCAUGAACCGCGCCGGCGGGCCCCUCCACAAGCCGCGCCUCACGCCCCUGGAGAAGAUGGUGGCUUCCACCUUCCUGCAGGCCAGCCACGACUCGGAGCCCGAAAUCAUCCUGGACCCAGAUCUGUUCUUCCCCGGCGCCACCAAGCAAUCCUUCAUGCACCUGCAGCCCGGCGUCAGCCACCCCAGCAUCUACAUCGACACCAACGGGCAGCCCUCGGCGCUGCCCGACGUGGAGGGCUCGGCCGCGCCGCGCCUGGCGGUGCAGAGCCCCGACCCCUCCGUCAUCUGCGAGUACAGCCGCGGCGAAGGCCAGAGCAGCUCGGCUGAGUCGGGACCGGAGCUGCGGACUCCGGACAUGUCAGCCAUUUCCCCGUCCCUGCGAAACGAGUCUCUUGUCUCCUACGCCUCCAUGUCGGAGGAGGAGGAACGGGAGGGCCGGGAGGUGGAGCGGGGCCACGGCGGGGCCACGGGGACGCAGCCGGCGCCCGAGGCCCCCACGUCUGCCGAGGAAGACAUGAAACUGUCCCGCCAGGCCAUGCUGAUCCGCCGCUGCAGCUCCCAGGGCUCCGUCACCUCGCUGCCCGAGGACCCUCUCAACCCCGUGGACGCUCCCUCGGACUGGGGCCACGAAGGGGUGUCCGAGCUGGCGCGCGGGCUCGACUCCUCGCACCCCGAGGAGCAGGCGGGGGGCCCGGAGAUGGGCGCUUUGCCCAGGGUACUGAUGGGCCCCACCUGGGAGAAGCCGCCGGCCGAGGAAGAGCCCCCGCCGCGCUCCCCGCUGCACGGCGCCCUGACCGAGGAGUCGCUGCCCUCCUCCGCCUCCCCGCCGGGCGACGCCCCCGCCGCCCCCGGCCCCCCGCGCCGCCUGGGCUGCUCCCGCCUGCGCGAGGAGCGCCGCGAGAGCUGGAGGACUAACAUCCACCACUUGCUGGACCUGGAGGAGCAGUGGGACCAGCUGUACCACCAGGAGCUGGCCAUGUGGCAAGAGGAACGAGCCACCCAGCGCGAGGAACGGGCCCGCGACCGCGAGCUGCAGUUCCGCUUGCUGGGCGUCCUGACGGACAUCCGCGACGAGCUGCGGUACCUGCGGCAGGAGCGCGCCAGCGCCCGGCAGAGCCAGGCGCCGCCGGCCGAGCCGCGGCCGGAGCCCAGCCCGCUGCUGGAGCAGCCCAAAGCCGAGCCUAACUUCCCCGAGCCCCAGGCCGGGACCGCCGGCUGGGCAGAGACCACCGUGCCCAGCCGAAGCCCCAUGGGGAACCGCGGCCGGGGGCGACGCCGGGGCCGGCCGCGCGGCUCUGCCUCCAGACACAGACGGCUCUUCCUCACCAACAGCUAGGGACGGGGGGGGACGCUGUCCCGCCAAGGACAUGCUGUGCCCGCGGCUCUCCCAGCGCCGCUGCGGCCGCGGGGAGACGCUGGUCACGGUUCGCGAGGGACGCGCGGCCACCCCGCCGGGUCACCCCGGUCCCCACGCGCACCGGGAAGGUACAAGGGGGACGCGGCGGUGACACAAGUGGCGUGUGAAGACGUGCGAGCGCCCGGGAGCGCCGCCCGUGGCCGUGUCCCCCAGCCACAGGGACACGGGUGACAGCGCUAGUCGAGUAGGAUUACUACCUUUCGGGAGGGGGGGUGGUUUGGGGAGUUAGGAACACUUAGUCGCUGCUGUGCGAACAUUUUAUGCAAAUCAUUUAAUGACCUAAUUUGCAUAUAACCAUAAACUUCUGUUUAAAAAAAAUGCCAAAAAAAUCCUUAAAAAAAAAAAAAAAAACAACAAAAACCAAACAGAAAAGCUGUUUCUGUGUGUGGACUCGGUGCUGGGGGGUCCCAGGCCAGGGGGACCCGCUGCGCCCCCACACCGUGAGCCUUCCCUUCCCGUGCCGUCCUACGGGGUCGUUUGCCAUGAGGCGUCGUUACCAAGCGUCACCCCACUCAUUUGGGGGACCCCAGGAUCAAAGCUGGGGGGGCACGGGACCUGCAGCAUCGGGCUGGAUUGUCUGGGCUCAGCCUCAGCUGCCUGCGUGGCUCUGGGGUGGGGGACGACAGGCACAGCUUGGGGACGGUGCAGUGUCCCCAAGGAGUGUGCAGGGUCCCCAAGGCGUGUGCAGGGUCCCCAAGGACUGCACAGUAUCCCCUGGGAACAUGCAGGGACCCCAAAGGGUGCACAGUGU